UGCGAGAGGUACAGGGUUCGAUACCCUGCAUCUCCAAUUUUUUCGGCCCUUUUGGGCUGCCUGCUAAAGCUCGGGUUUCCAAUUUUCAUCAAUCGACCUGUGCGAAGAGAGAGAAAAAUACAAAGACAUGGCAGUUCCGCUCAUUAAUAUUGCUCCUAAUCUCAGCGUUUCCAGAUUAUGCUUAGGAACCAUGACUUUCGGUGAACAGAACUCGGUUGAUGAAUCAUUUCGCCUUCUUGAUAAAGCUUUUAAUUCUGGAAUCAACUUCUUUGAUUCCGCCGAAAUGUAUCCGGUGCCGCAGCGAGCCGAGACGCAGGGAAGGAGUGAGCAAUAUUUGGGCCGUUGGAUUAAACACCGGAAUAUUCCUCGAGAUCGUCUUGUUUUGGCUACUAAGGUUGCUGGGCCUUCUGGGCAGAUGACUUGGAUUCCAGGAGGGCCAGAGUGUUUAGAUGCUAAGAAUAUAGAGAAAGCCAUUGAUAAUAGCCUACUGCGCCUGCAAACUGAUUAUAUUGAUCUUUAUCAGAUUCACUGGCCUGAUCGGUAUGUCCCUAUGUUUGGAGAAAUUGAAUAUGAUCCAAGAAGGCAGGAUUGUUCUACCCCUAUAGAGGAACAGCUCCAUGCACUCACUAGAGCUGUUGAUGCUGGCAAGGUCAGAUAUGCUGGACUCAGUAAUGAAACGCCCUAUGGUGUGAUGAAAUUCCUACAAGUUGCUGACAGAAUUGAUGGUUCUCCAAAAAUUGUCACCUUGCAGAACUCAUACAGCUUACUCUGCCGGACUUUUGAUUCUUCAUUGGCUGAGUGCUGUCAUCAUGAGAGGAUCUUCUUGUUGGCCUACAGUCCUUUGGCUAUGGGCAUACUGUCUGGUAAAUACUUUGCAGGUGAUGGAGGUCCAGAAAAUGCUCGAUUGAAUCUUUUUCGAGGAAGAUAUUCCGAGGGGGAAUAUAGGUAUAACCUUUCCAGUGCUGCUACAAGGGCAGCCACGAGGGAAUACCUUCAAAUAGCAGAAAAGUAUGGCCUUCAUCCAGUUUCUUUGGCAAUCACGUUUAUUUUGGAGCACUCACUUGUUGCAAGUGCUGUUUUUGGAGCAACCAAGAUAUGGCAGCUUCAGGAGAUUCUCAAUGCAUGCCACAUUGAACUGGGAGCUGAAGUAAUUGCUGAGAUAAAUAAGGUUCAUUCAAGAUUUCCGAAUCCAUGCCCUUAACAUUUGCUCAUGUGGAAUGUCUUUUUUUUUUUUUUUUCUCUUGCUAUUAAUUCUUUUUUGCCAUUUCAGUUUUGGCUUUGUUUGUAAAUAUAAUGCAUCUUUGGGAUUGUUGAUUGUAGUACGCCAUAUGCCUUAUUGAAAUGUUGUAUGAGAGAUAAAACCCAUCAAAUUGAGUUUGUUUAACGUCAUGUUUGGUAAUCAGAGGGUAGUUGUUCAUUAA